GUCAGAUGUGGAGUCCAUAGAUAAUUUUGUGAAUUUGAAAAUUCAUAUCCAAAAAUUCCCUUAGCAAGACUAUCAUAUGUAUGUCCAGGUCUCCUCUAGGAAUUUCACAGUACCUUCCCUCAUACCUUUAAAUUCCCACCCAACACGGUUUAUUUGGUCAGCCUGACAUACCACAAUCCAGAGAGUUUCUUUUUGUCAAUCAUCAUUGCAUUUUUUUUCUUCUCUGUGACUUCUUCCAAUAUGUGUUCUACACUAAACCCAAAUGACUUGCAGAGGAUUUUCAGAAAGCUUGACAAAAACAGUGAUGGGCUCGUGAGUCUUGAGGAGCUGAAUUGGGUUUUGGAGAGAAUCGGAGUGCAAUUCAGGGUUCAAGAGCUGGAGUCGAUUGUUGGAAAGACAAGCCUCAACUGGGAUGAAUUCUUGUUCUUCUACGACUCUUUAUGUAAGAAUACUGAAACAGUUGAGGCAGAGGAGGAGAAGGAAGAAGAAGGUGAUCUUUUGAAGGCAUUCAAGGUAUUCGAUUUGAACGGCGACGGAUUCAUCUCCAGCGAUGAACUAGAAAACGUGCUGUCAAGAUUGGGAUUGUGGGAUGAAGAGAGUGGGAAGGAUUGUAGGAGUAUGAUUUGUGAAUAUGAUACCAAUUCUGAUGGUGUUAUUGAUUUUGAGGAAUUCAAGAACAUGAUGUUGCACACCUUUUCUUGAUUGAAAUGUAUAUAUAAUGGUCAGCUUAAUUACACCUUGUGCUUGAUUAAUACCAUAUGUAGUAUUGAUGUUCAUGAUCAUUAUACUCAUCAAGUUUCAUGUACUUAGGAUUGAUUUUACCUAUUAUCAAGAUUAUCAUCAGUCCUGGUUGAAA